AGCAUCAAAAUGAAAAUACCAUCUUUCCAAGGUAGAACUGACCCUGAGGUUUAUCUAGAGUGGGAGAAAAAAAUAGAGUUGGUGUUUGAUUGCCAUAAUUACUCUGAGGAGAUGAAAGUGAAGUUGGCGGUAAUUGAAUUCACUGAUUAUGCUAUUAUUUGGUGGGAUCAAUUAGUGACCAAUAGGAGGAGGAAUUAUGAGAGGCCUAUAGAGACAUGGGGAGAGUUGAAAGCUCUCAUGAGGCGGAGAUUUGUUCCUAGCCAUUACUAUAGAGACCUUUACCAGAAAUUACAAAAUCUUACACAGGGGUCUAGGAGUGUAGAGGAUUACCAUAAGGAGAUGGACGUGGCGAUGAUUCGGGCUAAUGUAAAGGAGGACCGAGAGGCCACCAUGGCUAGAUUUUUGAGUGGGUUAAAUAGGGACGUAGCCAAUAUAAUUGAAUUACAACAUUAUGUGGAGAUAGAGGACAUGGUGCACAUGGCUAUGAAGGUGGAGAGACAAUUAAAGAGAAAAGGGACAACAGCAAGGUACACUUCGGUUUCUAGUGCUACUUGGAAAUCAAAAUGGGAUAGGAAUGAUCCAGGUGAAGCAAAGAGAAAGACCGAACCACCUAAGGGAAAAGAUGAGGGAACUAGCAUCAAACCCAAGGUAGAAUCCCAACCUUCACGGAAUAGAGAUAUCAAAUGUUUUAAGUGUUUGGGUUCAGGGCACAUUGCUUCUCAAUGUCCAAAUAGGAGGGUGAUGAUUAUGCGUGACAAUGGGGAGGUGAUGACUGAGAGUGAGGAUAGGGCGGUCAACAAUAUCACGGUAAAGUAUCGCCAUCCCAUUCCUAGAUUGGAUGAUAUGCUUGAUGAAUUGCAUGGCUCAUGUAUUUUCAGUAAAAUUGAUCUUAAAAGUGGGUACCAUCAAAUUAGAAUGAAAGAGGGUGAUGAAUGGAAAACUGCUUUUAAGACUAAAUAUGGGCUUUAUGAAUGGUUGGUUAUGCCAUUUGGACUUACAAGUGCGCCCAGUACUUUCAUGAGAUUAAUGAACCAUGUCCUACGUGCAUUCAUAGGCAAGUUUGUGGUUGUGUACUUUGAUGAUAUCUUAGUGUACAGCAAGAACUUAAAUGAACAUAUUGACCAUUUGAGAUAUGUGUUUGAUGUGUUGAGAUGUGAAAAGUUGUAUGCUAAUUUCAAGAAAUGUGCCUUUUGCAUGGAAAAAGUUGUUUUUCUUGGUUAUGUUGUUAGUACGAAGGGUAUUGAGGUGGAUGAAGAGAAAGUCAAGGCCAUCAAGGAGUGGCCAACGCCAAAAAGCAUCACUGAGGUAAUUAAAAAGAAUGUUGGGUUUCAUUGGGGGGCUAAUCAAGAGAAUGCUUUUGCCACUAUUAAAGAAAGGUUGUGCUCUGCACCUGUGUUAGCAUUACCUGAUUUUAACAAAGCUUUUGAGAUUGAAUGUGAUGCCUUAGGAAUUGGGAUUGGAGCCGUUUUGAUGCAAGAUAGGCGUCCCAUAGCCUUCUUCAGUGAAAAGUUAAGUGGGGCAUCCCUGAAAUACCCUACUUAUGACAAAGAGCUUUACGCUCUUGUUCGUGCAUUAGAGGCUUGGCAGCACUACCUAUGGCCAAGGGAAUUUGUGAUCCACACCGAUCAUGAAUCAUUGAAGCAUCUCAAGGGUCAAGGUAAGUUGAAUAAAAGGCAUGCUAGAUGGAUGGAAUACAUUGAGACAUUUCCCUAUGUCAUCCGUUACAAGCAAGGUAAGGAGAACAUUUUAUUGGUGCGUGAGGCACAUGGUGGGGGAUUAAUGGGACACUCUACUACUUCAUACUCUCUUUUUGAAAUUGUUUAUGGAUUUAAUCCACUUACUCCUUUGGAUUUGAUGCCUUUACCUGUUGAUGACAGGAGUAGCUUGGAUGGACAAAAGAAGGCAGACUUGGUGAAGUCACUUCAUGAGAGGGUACGGCUUCAAAUUGCCCAAAAGAAUGAAAGGGUUGCGUCCCAAGCCAAUAAAGGACGAAGGCGUGUCAUCUUUGAACCAGGAGAUUGGGUUUGGGUUCACAUGCGCAAAGAAAGAUUCCCAGCCCAUAGAAGGACUAAGUUACAUCCUCGAGGAGAUGGACCUUUCCAAAUUCUUGAGAAAAUUAAUGACAAUGCAUAUAAAGUGGAUCUUCCAGGUGAGUAUAAAGUUUCUGCAACUUUCAAUGUUUCUGAUCUUUCUCCUUUUGAUGUAGGUGAAGAUUCGAGGUCGAAUCCUUUUGAGGAGAGGGGGAAUGAUAGGAACCAAGGUGGGCCUACUCUUAAAGAUCCCUUGCAAGUUCCAGAUGGGCCAAUUACAAGAUCAAGGGCCAGGAAGAUCAAGGAAGCAAUGCAA